AUGUCCUUACUUUGGUCGUUAAAACAUUUCGAUGCUUAUCGGAAGCCGAUGGACGACUUUCGAGUCAAAACGUUGUCCGGAGGAUUAGUUACACUGAUAGCGACGAUAGUUAUAGGAUUAUUGAUUGUACUAGAAACCAAGCAGUUUUUGUCAACUGAUGUGUUGGAACAUCUCUUCGUGGACUCCACAACGUCAGAUGAACGUGUGCAUAUAGAAUUUGAUAUUACCUUCAACAAAUUACCCUGCAAUUUCAUCACUGUAGACGUGAUGGAUGUGAGUAGUGAAGCACAGGAUAACAUCAAUGACGAUAUCUACCGACUACGUCUGGACGCCGAUGGUCGUAACAUCUCAGAAAGUGCCCAAAAGAUAGAAAUCAAUCAGAAUAAGACGAUUGCCGACCCGACAGAGCUUACACAAGAAGUGAAAUGUGGAAGUUGCUAUGGAGCUGCUGCUGAUGGAAUAUGCUGUAACACUUGUGAGGACGUGAAGAGUGCAUAUGCAAUCAAAGGGUGGCAAGUGAACAUUGAGGAGGUGGAGCAGUGCAAGAACGAUAAAUGGGUCAAGGAGUUCACUGAGCACAAAAACGAAGGGUGCAGAGUAUAUGGAACAGUCAAAGUUGCAAAAGUAGCAGGAAACUUCCAUUUGGCUCCAGGAGACCCACACCAGGCUAUGAGAUCUCACGGACAAUCUGGACUUCCUGGAUUCUUUGUGCAGUACGAGUUCAGCCCUCUAAUGGUUCAAUAUGAAGAAUUCCGACAAUCUCUCGCCUCAUUCUUGGUAUCACUGUGUGCUAUCGUCGGAGGUGUCUUUGCAAUGGCUCAACUUAUCGAUAUCACUAUCUACCAAACACAUCGUUAUAUGAAGAAUCGCAUUGCCGGGGGAAAACUCACAUAA